AUGGAUCCGACUGCGCGGUCGGCGACACGGCAGCCCACCGAUGUUGACGCCUACCCGCGGCGAAAUGAGGAAAAGGAAUCCUCGCCAAGGCCGUCAGUGACCGAGCUCUCACACCAUCGCGCCAGCCAUGGUUCGGAGGCAGGAACCUCUGCCGCUGCUAAGAACGGGGAGCAAUGGGUGACCGGUAUGAAGCUCGUCGCUCUUUCCAUCCUGCUCGUCCUGGCCAUGUUUUUGAUGAUGCUCGAUACCUCAAUCAUCGCGACCGCAGUCCCGCGUAUCACGGACGAAUUCCGAUCGCUGCAGGAUGUCGGUUGGUAUGUAACCAUCUACCAAUUGGCUAACGCAACCCUCCAACCGCUCUGGGGUAGGGUUUACGAUAAAUUCAGCAAUAAGUCCUCAUUUCUGGCCUCGCUAGUCAUCUUCGAAGUGGGAUCACUAUGCUGUGGAGCGGCCAUGUCUUCUAGGAUGCUAAUCGCCGGGCGUGCGGUCGCUGGUGUUGGCAGCGCCGGCCUUAUAAGUGGCGGGUUGACUAUCACGGCUUCUGCAGUGCCUUUGGAGAAGCGUGCUCCGCUGACUGCGAUGCUCAUGGGUGUCGCGCAACUCGGCAUCGCCAUCGGGCCGCUUCUGGGCGGCGCGUUCACUUCCUACGUGACGUGGCGCUGGUGCUUCUACAUUAACCUCCCUAUCGGCGGUCUUCUCGCCCUCGGGCUGCUUUUCCUCCCGAUCCCCGAUCAAUACAGCAAACCAAGCCCGCGGUCUUCACUGCGAAGGCUCCACCGCGAACUUGACCUGCUCGGUUUUGCAUUGAUCGCCCCCGCUUGUAUCCAACUCCUACUUGCCUUGUCUUGGGGCGGGAGCAAGCUCGCAUGGGAGUCCCCGACCAUAAUAGGGCUCUUUUGUGGAGCGGGUGCAACAGGACUCCUCUGGAUUGCCUGGGACUGGUAUCGGGGAGAUGAAGCCUUGAUCCCCUUCUCCAUUAUUGGGACAGGAUAUGUGAUUCCAUAUGCGAUGCUUGCUGCCGUCAUCGGUUCCGUUUCUAACGGCCUCUACUCGACCUUCUCCCCAACCACGCCUGUCGGUAAAUGGAUUGGGUAUCAAAUUCUGAACGGCGUCGGCCGCGGUGUUGGCAUGCCAAUGGCGAUCCUCGCAGCUCAAGCCGCUCUGUCCCCAGCCGACCUCGCCAUGGGGAACUCAGUCGUCAUCUUCAUACAGAGUCUCGGUACUGCCAUCACACUCGCCAUAUCCGACGCCAUCUUUCAUGGGAGCCUGCUGUCCGAGCUCCCCAAACAGGCGCCCUCGGUCGAUGCUACUGCUAUCGUCGCUGCCGGGGCGACCGGCUUCCGCAGCAUUGUCCAAGAGCAAGACCUGCCUGGCGUGUUGGCAGCGUUCUCCGUUUCGAUCAGUCGCGUCUUCUACGUGGCCACUGGUGUCAGCGGCUUGGGCCUGAUCACAUCGCUCGGCAUGGGAUGGGUGGAUGUCAGCAAGAAGCGUAGACUUGCCGACGACGACAUCCCGCUACAAAAUCUUAAUGCAUAA